CCAGCGUGGCCAGCGCCACUAGAUACCAGCCGCGUGUAGUUGACGCUGUGUCGGCCGACAACCAAGCAAAAGUUUCACGAGGCCACGCUGGAAAAAAAAUCAAUGCAGUGCAGAAACUAAAAAUAAAUACAGAGGGUGUCUAUAAAACUGAAGAACAGUAGAACGAAGCAGGACACGCUGAGAGUAGACCCGAUCAGCUAUAGAUAUAUAAGCUGCUACUAUACUGAACUGUACAACUAUAUUAUAUCUGUUGACAUUAUAUACAGUGUGUUCUUAUUUGUACAACGGUUUCCUGAUCAGUGAUAGAACUUCAGAGAAGAGGCGUCGAUCAGUACGGAAAACAAGACACGUAAAAAAGGAAUUUUAUAAGAAUAUUAAGUACUGAGUUUAUCGCUGCAAAAAAUCGGAUCAGUUAUAAUUUAAUUGGUGACAGAAAAAUAAAAACAUGGGGCUCUUUAUUAGCCGACUCAUAGAACUGUACAACGAUUUCAAGAAUGACCCAGCUCGCAUCCUCAUGGUCGUGGACGCUGCGGGUAAGACCACAAUUCUGUACAAAGUCAAAUUAAACGAGGUCGUCUCGACCAUCCCCACCAUUGGCUUCAACGUUGAGACGGUUAGUCCAGUCAAGGGCGUGACCUUCACAGUGUGGGAUGUCGGAGGUCAGGAUAAGAUUCGUCCCCUCUGGCGAGCUUAUUUUCAGAAUACAGAAGGCAUCAUCUAUGUGGUAGACAGCGCAGACUUUGAGCGUCUCUCUCUGUCACGUGACGAACUUCACAGUGUUCUGGCGAGUGAUGAAUUAAGGGGAGUGCCUGUGGUUGUGCUGGCCAACAAACAAGACCUCCCAACUGCCGUUGGUGUGUCAGAGGUGGCCGAGAAAAUGGAGAUGAUGAAACUGCGAGACAGGAAGUGGCAUGUCCAUGGGACAUGCGCAGUAACAGGGGACGGCAUUUUUGAAGGAAUGAAGGAGAUGGCCAGACUCGUGAAAGAAUUUAAAAGGUCGCAAAGACAUUGAUAAGAACCUGUAUGGAUCUCACCCAUUCUACUUAAAAAAAAUCUGCGUGAGAAACAGAGCAUUAAAAAUCAUUAAAAGCGAUGUUACAAUACUUUGAAUCACCCUCGCAUUUACACCACUGAUCUGUCCACUCACCUAAACACAGCCUUACAUUUUUAUAGAACAUCUUAAAAAAACAAAAUUGUCCCUUCUUUAAAGCCUGUUUCCGCAUGUUUGGAGAAUGCCUACCUGUGUUGGCUUGACCUCUUGCGGUUUGAUGCCGGUUUCCCCCGACCUAUGUGUACAGCAUUUGACAUAACCUGUGCUAAAAAAUGACAUGCUCAAGGUGAUUCCAUCAAGCUGAUGUAUAUUUUUUAGAAUUAAAUACUUUGUUUCAAACUGAAGGCAUUGUGGAACAAGAAAGCGACUUCUCUGUAACGAAAUAUUCAGGACAGACUACAAUCCACAGAAGUCUACAGAAGAGGUUCGUGCUGUUUGUGCCCCAGGAGUCCUGAUGGCAAGGACUAUAUACCUAAACCAG